CUAGGUCACCGGUUUAGUUACCGUCUGUUGCUUCAUGGAUUUGACCCCAGGGAGAUAUAUACCAUUCUCGACUCUCGAGGCUACGGGUACUGUUCGUUCGGUCUGCUUGAUGCCAAUGCAGGCGAUGAAGAUCCACGCCACGGCUGGCGAACCUUUGAGCCUAUCGAGUACGGCCUCAGCAUUACACCCAUUGUAGUUAGGAGGCAAUGGCCAGCCAGGGGCGGAAGAAAUUUUAGGAAUUGUCUCACCUCUCGACUUCUCACUUCAUCAUGUCCGCCUCCGCCGAUAUUUCCAACUUUGAAUUCAAACCAACCGAUGGCGUACCCGCUACAUGGACACCCGCCCACGCCAUCUUGGUGUACAAAUCAUUGAAAGCGGAUCCUAUCCGACACGACACGGACGGGUGGGGACGCGCCCACAUACGGUGGGUUACCAAGGCAAUUUGGUUCUGCGAUAAAAUCAGACGCCUCUCCAAGGUGACGGGCACCCCCUACCAUGUGUUGGCAAACCAGCGGGUGAACGUCAUUCACCACCUCCGCCCCUUGUUGGCUCGGCAUGGUACGCCGAGUCUCCAGUACUUUGCCAAGCGCAGCCCCAGCUUUCGCAAGCAGCUGUACGGAAUGAUAGGCGUCGAGUGGAAAGGGUUAGCGGAUCCACCCUCCUCCUCUGAUGAGACCAGCGAGGAAGAGGAGGAGGAGGAGGAGGAGGGUUUGAGCGGGAAGUCUGGCGAGGAUUCGGGCGACUGGGGUUCUGACGAUGAUGGAGAUGAUCAUGAGGAAGACGAGAGUGAGGUUCAAGAGGACUUGAUGGAUGUUGACGGAGAGGAUAGCGGGUCUGCUGCUGGGAAUAUGAAUGUAGCCAGGGCCGCCCCGGUGGUGAUCAAAGCCAAAAGGUAUACGAAGACUGGCUGGCCGGUCUCCCUCAACCAAAGGUUGAGGCAAGGUAAGACACAACCAUCUAUGCGCCAGAACAUGGAGGAGUUAGAAGAGGAAGGACAUUUGGAGGAGUCUGAAUGGAAGUGCGACCGCUACCGGGGAGUGGGCGGUCGCCUAUGUCGUGUUCCCAAAGAUUCCAACAAUGGGCACCCUGCUUGUGCAGAGUGUCUUAUCAGCAGCCACAGUGGUGGCAGUUAGCCCACCCGCUCUAACUCGACCCGCCCGUGUGGCUAAGGGAAAACAACCGGCAUUUUC